CCUUUAUUAAAACCACUAAAACAGUUAAACUAGUGAGGAAGUGCGGCAGUUCAGUAGAGUUUCUACAGACAGAGACACAGUCAUUUAGCGUAUUAAUGCUUUAUAGAUUAGAGAUUUGGGGUGUUUUAUAGAUUAAAGAUGUUUCGAAGUGUUUCUGAUGAUGUGAUCUGCCUUGAGGAGCUGAGCAGAGGAGAUAAAAUAGAGACGGUGGUGAAUGUUUAUGAGAGUGCAGACCUUGUUCGAGGUCAAGACCCCAACACAGGGACGGAGGAUGCCAACACAAGGGGGAUCUCACAAACACAGCAAACAGAGAGUCACACUAAAGGGAGCAGAUUCUACAGACUGACUGCAGUGUGUCUGGGGCUACUUUGUGUCCUCCUGCUGACGGCCAUUGCACUGCUGUGGAUCAAGACAUACCAGUUACAGACCAAUUACACCAGCCUGACUAUGGAGAGAGACAAGUUACAGACCAUUUACAUUACCUUGACUACAGAGAGAGACAAGUUACAGAGCAGUUACACUAUCCUGACUACAGAGAGAGACCAGUUACAGACCAAUUACAUCAACCUGACUACAGAGAGAGACCUGUUACUUACUAGUUACACCAACCUGACUAUAGAGAGAGACCUGUUACUUACUAGUUACACCAACCUGACUAUAGAGAGAGACCAGUUAUAUACUAGUCACACCAACCUGACUCUAGAGAAAGACCGGUUACCAACAGAGAGAAAUAAACUCCAGGGAAAGCUUUCUGAAAUUGAAAAAGCAAACCAGAAGGGAUGGCUGUACUUCAACUCCAGUAUUUAUUACAUCUCUACUGAGAAGAAAAACUGGAGGGAGAGCAGAGAGGACUGCAGAAGGAGAGGAGCAAACCUGGUGAUCAUAAACAGCAGAAAGGAACAGGACUUUAUUGAGGUGUUGAGACGAGGUCAGUGGGCUUGGAUCGGUCUGACUGACAGCGCCUCAGAGGGGGUCUGGAAAUGGGUGGACGGCUCAGCACUGACCAUUGGGUUUUGGAAAGCUGACGAACCCAAUAGUAGAACCGGAGAUGAAGACUGCGUCAUAACUGGCUAUGUGUCUGAUCCUGUAAAGAACUGGGCUGAUUACAGCUGUAAGGAUGACUUUGUUUGGAUCUGUGAGAAGAGAAUAUUUAGCUGAAUUGCUGCACAAGACUCAUUAACAACAAACUGUUUUUUGAAUUUGCCUUCUUUUCAUUAAGAUUUGACCUGUUUGCUGGUGAUAUCUGUUUAUUUCCUGAUACUCAUUGAUAAGAUUCACAGGAACAGACACAGAUUUAAUGAAUCAAAUGAUGCUACCCUUUGUGAGUUUUCCUUGGUCAUGGUAGAGAUAGGUACCAACCAGUGUCUAUCUAGUAAGCAAGAGCAGCUAUUAACCAGAUAGUCAGCAUCAUAUAUUAAAACAGCAGUCUUCAUGAAUAUCUUAAACUACAUCAACAGUUGAUGUAAUUGAAGAAGGGACCAAUGCAGGAAAACUAUAAUUCAUAAAAGAAUGCAAUUCAUAUGUUUACUCUCAACAGCAUUCUGACUUGUGAUUGGGUGGUUAUUUCAAGCCUGAUUGACCAACUGGUAAAUCUGUAUGUGUGGAAUACUGAACUUAUAUUUUAUUUGAUAAUGGUCAUGAAUGAAAAAAAGUUGUUUUAAAAAAGGUUUUAUUUGUUUUUCUGUGUCAUUUUCAUUGAACUUAAGGUAUUUCACUGUAAUCAUCUUCUCACAUAUUCUCUAAAUUCCAUGCUGUUUCAGUGCCACAUAUGGGACAUACUGCUGUUCUGCUCGCACAGCCUGUGUAAAAGUUAACAUGAGUGCCAAAAGGAAAAUCAAGAUGUGAAUCAGUACUAAGAGCAAAAUAUUUUUCACACAUGAUUUUAAGAACGAAACAUCUGUUUAAUUAUUUAUGUAUCAAAACCUCUUCCUUGCAAAGGCCCUGAGGCAUCUGCUAUCUGAAUUUCUUCAUAGGCAAGGUUACAAUUGUUGAAGUUAAUAUGAUUCCCUCUGUAACAUAGCACUACGCCUACCAGCCAUAUAUGACGUCAUAUAUGAAGUAUUCCACUUCUGCUGCUGAUGUUAUUCCCUCUUGGCUUUUUAAAGAAGAAAGCUGAUCAUGAUGUUUUGUCUAUCAAAUGCAAAUAUAGUCUCUGGUAAAGUACCUGCAUGUUCUAAGCAUUUUGUGGUUCAUCUGUUCUUAAUAAAACAAAACCUGGGGGACUGAGUAACUU